CACACAGGAUGCAGGUCUGGAAGAUGGAGAAGGGCCCUGGGACAUGUACACCGUUGCUCCUGGUGCUGCUUUGCCUGAGUGUUUCGGGCGGCGAGGCGCAAACUGACAGCACACCGGAGCAAAGCAGGCCAUACGCCGUGCUGCUCAAACAAAACCUGGUUUUGCUAGGGAGCAUUCUGACCGUCCUCUUUGUUGCUAUGAUUGUCCUGGCUGUGUGUGUAUACAAACCCAUCAGGCGACGGUAAUGGAGAUAUAGACUGGAACUCACAUGAACCAAGACGAUCAAGCGUUGUAAAGUCUUACGGUGCGCAUACUGCACAGACAUUUGGAAUCCUUAUUCUACUGAAAAUUAAGUUGCCAUUGAGAAUUAUUUAACUUUUGCCCCAGUAUGUUUGUCACAAAUACUUUUUCUAUCUUUACUUUACAAAUGCUUCAAAGCAUUUCAUAAUAUAUUUUUUUCAUGUGGUUGGUUAUGUGCUAACAAGUGGCAGAUAAUUUGAAUGUAAUUUGUAUAUAAUAAAAUUUUAAAUCUGUCAUCAAACCAUACCCCCCCCCCCCCCCCCCCACCAGCCAUUCUGGGUCAAAAAAUAGACUCCUGAUUCUGUUAUUUAUUACCAUGUUAAAAUAAAUACUGACAUUUGUAACUGAGAACAGUAUAAAAUGCAGACUAGUGAUCAUUGAUAUUAUACCUGUAAUAUCUGUCUGCAUAUUAUUGUAUGUAUCUUAUUUUUACUCUCUGUUUAGUUUCUGCAUUUACAACUCUGUUAUUCUUGCUUUACUAUCAUGCCUCUCUUUUGUGUUUUUAAUACAUGCUCUGUAUUUUUGGUUAAAAAUGAAUGUACAUUAAACUGAUCAGUAUUACUUCAGGCCAGACAGAGAAUGUAAGCUCACCAAACGUGUCUUUUGAUAUGUAUUGUUAAUGCAAUUAAUAGUAUCACCCAAUCCAUUCAGUGUUAAUGAUAUCCAAAACCCUAAUUUCUUACCUCCUCUAUUUUUGAUAUACUUAAUAUUUUUGGCUUAAAGGGCCAUCAUAGUGCAAAAAAUGACAUCCUCUAAUUCAUUAAACCAUGUAAUUUUAUCACUAGUGACCCUGUAACUGUAUGUGCUUAACCCCUGCAAGAGGUCAACUGAGCGGUACUUUCACUAUGUGUUUAACUCCUUUGGGGAGGUAAACACAGAGUUGCAGGGUCACUAGUGCUAAAAUGACACGCUUUUACAAAUUAGAGCAUGUCAUUUGGCCCUUUAAGUGGCACUAUAAAUAUAUGUAUGCAUAAUUUCUUGUCUCUAGAUACUAGUUUAUUCAGAUUCUUCUGUAAAGCUCAAUUUUGGAUUUUUAAGGCAUUAGAUAUUAGAAUUUUUUUAUUUUAUGGUGAAAUGUAUAUUGAUCAGUAGGCCAAAUUAUUUAUGUAUCUGCUUUUUCUGUCGCAGUGACUUUCAAUAACUACUUCAUGAAUCAACACUGGCGGGUAUGAGUUUUAUGUGAUAACAAUUUUAAUAAACCUCAAAAUACUUUGAAAUAAUACCCUAGGGCUGCAGUAAACAUGUAAGCUGCGUAAUCAUCUGCAAAGACUAUUUAUUUAUUUAACAAAUUGUUGCGUUACUGCUUUAGUUUGCCUGUAAAGGAAAAAAUCUUUUUAAAACUUUGCCUUGGUUUUGGGGUCACAUCAUGAUGCUUUAGACAUUGAUGUUGCCAUAUUGAAUUAUAUACGUCAAAUAAACACAUAUAAUUCAUUAGGUAUUUAACAUUGCUUUUAGUGAUGUGACGUUCAGAAACUUUUUUUCUUCUCCAUUAGAUUAGCAGUUUAAGUUUUCUGAAAUUUCUAAUCACAUAUUUCCAGCUGUAAAACAUACAUGAGUAUAAUAUAUUUUAGAACUUAAUAAAGUAUUAAUUGCCUGCUUUGUUAAAUUAAGUUUUCCAUAAUUAAGACAAGGCACUUUGUUUUGAUUGCUUAUCUGAAUUCAAACUAAUAAAGUUUUUUCAAAUGGGGCGGCAAAUUUGCACUUUCAAUAGAGCAUAAACUUUGCUAGAUGUAAGAUUUUUGCACGUGUCAAGUUGCGCUUGUAUUACAAGUUGAAAGUAAAACGUUUGCGCUCGAGCGCCAACGUUACAGUUAGAAUAUUGCCUAUGCGUUAACUUAUUACCCCAUAGACUUUAAUGGAGAGUGAAACAUGAAAACAAACCCAAUCGCGUUUAACCAAGUGCGCUCAUCCUGGCAUGAAAUAUGAAUAUUUCACAUUCCAUAUGUUCUAUUUUAUUCUUAAAUAUUUCUAAAUAUUAUCUGAUGGAUUUGUGGUAAAAUAUUUAUUUAU